ACCGUCACCGAGUCCUGCGACCGGAUCAAGGAGGAGUUCCACUUCCUACAGGCCCAGUAUCACAGUCUGAAAUUGGAGUGUGAGAAACUGGCCAGUGAGAAAACGGAGAUGCAGAGACACUAUGUCAUGUACUACGAAAUGUCGUACGGACUCAACAUUGAGAUGCACAAGCAGGCGGAGAUCGUCAAGCGGCUGAACGCGAUCUGCGCCCAAGUCAUCCCCUUCCUCUCUCAGGAGCAUCAGCAGCAGGUGGUGCAGGCGGUGGAGCGGGCCAAGCAGGUCACCAUGGCUGAACUCAACGCCAUCAUAGGGCAGCAGCAGCUCCAGGCUCAGCACCUCUCCCACGGCCACGCCAUCCCUGUCCCGCUCACGCCGCACCCGGCGGGCCUCCACCCCGCUGCCCCCGGGGCCGGCACCACCGCCAGCCUGCUGGCUCUGUCCUCCGCCCUGAGCCACCAGCUGCCGCUCAAAGACGAGAGGAAGCACCACGACAACAGCAGCGGCGACCACCCGAGAGAUAGAGACUCGGUCAAGAGCUCAUCCGUGUCCCCCUCGGCCAGUUUUCGGACCCGCGAGAAGCACAGAAGUUCAAGCGACUACUCCUCCGACAGCAAGAAACAGAAGACUGAUGAGAAGGAGUUGGCCUCUACACGCUAUGAAAGUGACGGAGAGAAGAGCGACGACAACUUGGUGGUGGACGUCUCCAACGAGGAUCCAGCGUCUCCCAGAGGAAGUCCCGCCCACUCGCCUCGGGAGAACGGAUUGGACAAGAGUCGCCUGACGAAGAAGGACGCUCCGCUGAGUCCUUCCUCCAUCGCCUCUUCCAGCAGCACGCCUUCUUCCAAAUCCAAAGAGAUGAAUUUGAAUGAGAAGUCCACGACACCCGUGUCCAAGUCCAGCACCCCCACCUCCCGCUCCGACGCCCCGACACCGAGCAGCACCUCCACCCCGGGCCUGAGGGUCACAUCGGGCAAACCCCCGGGAGUAGAGACGCUGGCUCCUGGUCUCCGUACGCCGCUGGCGGUGCCCUGCCCGUACCCCAGUCCGUUUGGUUUGGUUCCCCACCCGGGUAUGAAUGGAGACCUGAGCGGAGCCGGGGCAGCCUACACCGGCCUGCACAACAUUUCUCCUCAGAUGAGCGCAGUGGCCGCUGCUGCUGUGGCGGCGUACGGACGCACACAAGUGGUGGGAUUUGAUCCUCACCACCACAUACGCGUCCCUGGCCUUCCCCCUAACCUGUCGGGCAUUCCUGGUGGAAAACCAGCCUACUCCUUUCACGUGAGCGCCGACGGACAAAUGCAGCCCGUGCCUUUCCCUCCGGACGCACUUAUCGGCCCCGGCAUCCCGCGCCACGCUCGUCAGAUCAACACGCUCAGCCACGGGGAGGUGGUGUGUGCCGUCACCAUCAGCAACCCGACGCGUCACGUCUACACCGGCGGCAAGGGCUGCGUCAAGGUGUGGGACAUCAGUCACCCUGGAAACAAGACCCCCGUGUCCCAGCUGGACUGCCUCAACAGAGACAACUACAUCCGCUCCUGUCGGCUGCUUCCUGACGGGCGGACCCUCAUCGUCGGGGGCGAGGCGAGUACUUUGUCAAUCUGGGAUUUGGCUACUCCGACUCCACGGAUCAAGGCCGAGCUUACUUCGUCCGCGCCCGCGUGCUACGCUCUGGCCAUCAGCCCUGAUUCUAAGGUCUGCUUCUCCUGCUGCUCCGACGGAAACAUAGCCGUGUGGGAUCUUCACAACCAGACGCUGGUUAGGCAGUUCCAGGGCCACACCGACGGAGCCAGCUGUAUAGACAUCUCUAAUGACGGGACCAAGCUGUGGACGGGGGGCCUGGACAACACCGUGCGGUCCUGGGACCUGAGGGAGGGACGGCAGCUGCAGCAGCACGACUUCACCUCCCAGAUCUUCUCUCUGGGAUACUGUCCAACGGGCGAGUGGCUGGCAGUUGGGAUGGAGAACAAUAACGUGGAGGUUCUGCACGUCACCAAACCUGACAAGUACCAGCUCCACCUGCACGAGAGCUGUGUGCUCUCACUCAGAUUUGCCCACUGUGGCAAGUGGUUUGUGAGCACAGGGAAAGACAAUCUGCUCAACGCAUGGAGAACCCCGUAUGGAGCCAGCAUAUUCCAGUCGAAGGAGUCGUCCUCCGUGCUGAGCUGCGACAUCUCCAUAGACGACAAGUACAUCGUGACGGGCUCGGGAGAUAAGAAGGCGACUGUCUACGAAGUCAACUACUAGGAGGUGGAGGCCACGCUUUCAAGCCAGGCACUCAGCAGCGUCUCCUCCACCUGUGUACAGUUUUUAAUGUGUAUAAAACGGAUUUGAGUGGAACCAACCAAACCAAACUGAGUCUUUCUUGGACCUUUCUAGCUGGUCGUGGAUCAAA